AUGUUAUACUCACGUGACCUUCUCUCGUCCACACAGCUUCGAAGAAGCUCCAAAGCGAAAAACCGACAUGUUAAACUGCUGGAUUUUGGGAGCAACAACACCGGUCGAACACAGAUACUCGCGUUGAUUCUACAUAGAUACGCAGAUUGGAAGAGAAGCUGCUAUACCAGCUGCUGGUCUUUGACAAUGGCCACGAACACCGCCCCUACCAAUGUUGGCGCGCCAAAUCAGACGCUGUACUGCACAAACCUCCCCGAUAAGAUUAAGAAACCCGAUCUGAGGACCGCUCUCUACACCCUUUUCUCUACCUACGGCGCGGUUCUCGAUGUGGUAGCCAUGAGAUCGAAGGGUAUGCGCGGCCAAGCACACAUUGUGUUUAGGGACGUUCAAACGAGCACACAGGCGAUGCGGGCGCUCCAAGGCUUCGAUUUCUUUGGAAAAGAAAUGAAAAUUGUUUAUGCCAAAGGAAACUCAGAUAUAAUUGCCAAGUUGCGGGGCACUUACAAUCCAUCAGGCCCGAACGAAGACCAGGGAAUAUCAACGGAGCUUCAGAAAUCUAUUUUCAAUGCUCCGCCUUCCACGGCCACUGCUACUACUUCCAUACCACCUAAACCGGCCAAUGGCGAGGCUGCCGAGCCAGCACCACCACAGGGUGUGAAACGAACACGGGAGGAGGAAAGUGAUGGCGAAGCACCUAUGGACGAGGAAAGUGACGUGUCUAUGGAAGCAUCUUCCGAUGAGGAUUAA